CAUCGUGUGAUGUGAUUUACUUGUACUUUCUGUGAAACGCCGAAGAUUAAUAAUACUUUUAGAUAUAGAAGUGAUUUGUAAAUAAAUUUUAUAUGAUGGUAACAAUUGAAAUACUUACCCUAUGGGUAUCACUUACUGCCUUCGCUGAUUGUUCUCCUAUUUCAAGUUUAAAGUUAAUAGGAAAUACUGCGCAGGCAUCAAAGGAAAUUGCACGAACUAUAGACAUACUAGAGUUUAAUUUUGAAGAAAAUCUGCGCCAAUAUAAUAAUUUUUUUAAAUAUAAUUACCCCAUUUCUUAUGACUUAGACAUUGGCGACCACACAUUUGGUAUACCAGAGCAGCCAUCCAGCAUUGACCUUGUUCGAUACCACAAUGAAUUUGCUACACCAUACAAUCAUCACGUUCCUACCGUUAUUGAUAACACACAUCAUCUCUACAGCAAACAAUUGUUUUUUGACGAAAUACCACACACUAAGCUGCUUCUUGAGAAUCAAAAGUUGAGGCAGAGGAAUCAUUUACCACCCCAUUCCUUUGGGUCAAUUCGACCGGGACAUCCAUUUCAACGUAACUCAUAUAAAUAAAAUGAGACGCCUAUUCUAUAGGCGUCUAAAAAAUUCUAAUUAUAAUUAAGACACCUUUUUUUCGAACAGUAUUAAACUAUUAUAAAAAAAUUUGUGUUAUGUGUGGGAUGAAAGAAGUUUAA